GCCCACGCCUCUUAGAGCCCAGCCCGGCGACGGCAGCGAAAGCAGCAUCGCUGGUGGAGCGGGGGGGGGGGGAACGACGACGGCACCGCUUCCUCCACCUCCUCGGGUACCCAGAAAGGCCGCACUUGGCAGCGUCCAUGUGGGCCCGUGUUGGGGACGACAGCUAACACAGGGCAGAACGCAUUGAGAAGAGUGAGAAAACUUUCCACCGCACUAAGAAGGUGACCCUGGAUGAUAAAAGAACCAAAUACAAUGGCUGUUCCGGAAGAUUCUAUUGGACCACGACGUUACCGAGACUAGAGGCCUUUGGGUUACUCGUGCAAAUGUCGCCCUAACCCUCACGGCGCACAGCAAAAUUGUGUCCCUGGCCUCCUUUUUUUUUUACACGGGGGGAGAGCUAUGACUGGGAAAAUGGCAUCUAGCCUCACUUGUACAGGGGUCGUAUGGGCGUUUUUCUCCUUCCUAUGCGCCGGGGUUUCCUGCGUUGGCUUCUUCAUGCCUUACUGGCUGCUGGGCUCUCAGCUGGAGAAAUCGGUGUCCUUCGGCACUUUCCGAAGAUGCUCCUAUCCAGUACGAGACGAGAACCUCCAGAUCACGGUGAUGGUGGAACAGUGUGGACGCUAUGCAUCCUUCCAGGCCAUCCCAAGCGUGGAGUGGAGGAUCUGCACUGUGGUGACAGGUCUGGGCUGCGGUCUCCUCCUCCUGGUGGCCCUUACGGCACUCAUGGGAUGCUGUGUGUCGGAGCUUAUCUCCAGGACUGUGGGCAGGGUGGCUGGAGGACUCCAGUUCUUGGGUGGCUUGUUAAUUGGUUCUGGCUGUGCUCUUUAUCCUCUGGGCUGGGACAGUGAAGAAGUCCGGCAGACCUGUGGUUACCUUUCCAACCAGUUUGAGCUGGGCACCUGUGAAAUUGGCUGGGCUUACUAUUGUACUGGAGGAGGAGCUGCUGCUGCGAUGUUGAUCUGCACUUGGCUGGCCUGCUUCUCUGGCAAGAAGCAGAAACAGUACCCUUACUGAGGCCAGAAAGACCCAGCACUAAGAGAACCAGUUUAGGGAUUUGGAGUGUGGGGGUGGGGCGAGAGAAAGGAAAAUAAAUGUGCAUGUAAGCCUUUCUUGGAAAGGAGCAUUUUUUCUUCACUGUAGCCAGAUCAAUACAAACAAGAGUCAGUGACGUUUGACACUGAUUGAACAGUGGGGUUCUCUGUAACUUAGGGGUAUAAACCAGGAAUUUCAUGGAGCUUAUGCUCUUAACCACUUUAUUCCUAGCCUAUUGUGGUGUAGUAGAAAAUGCAGGAAGUAUUCACUUUCUUGUGUGUAGGGAGGAGGAAAUUAAGGGUUUUUAAGCAGUGCUUCAGUUGAAAGGGUUUAAAAAAACAACAUGCUGGAAGACAAGGAUGUAGCCUUAUAAAACAUUAUUUAACAUGACAGGGGAUUGGACAUAAAGGGGGCAUUUCUUCACGGUUUUGUUACUCUCACGGUGUGAGUAACCAGAUUUCUCUGACGUGAUCAGCCACGUCGGCCCACAGCUACAGCACCUGCCUUGUGUGUGGAUGGCAUCAAUUUUGAGGCCUUAAAAGUAUUAGCCAAUCUGAUGCGGAGUUUAAUUUUGUGAACUUAACUAUGAAACUUGUUACGUGAAUCCUGUAAAGCACAUCUGCCUACUUUUGCACAGACACUUUUUCCUUCACACGGCACCUAACUGCAGAUUAUGUGGAGAUUUUUUUUUGCCAUGUACCAGGCUCCAACCAAUUGGACUCCUUUGCCUGCCUGCGUACCAUCCAGCAGUUUGUAGUAGUAGCUCACUGUGGAAGGCUCUGAUACUCAGGCAAAGCAGCCAAGGGGUUUUCAUCGAUAUAUAUAUAUAUAUAUAUAUAUAUAUAUAUAUAUAUAUAUAUAUAUAGCACAGAGAUCCACAUCAAGUCAUUUCUCUCCUUUCACAAAUGCACAUGCUAACUCGCCGUUUUACUUUCAUAUAACCUGCAGAAAUACGGCCAAAGUACACAUUGCACAUACGUUUUUACAGGUAUUUUGUGUGUAAUGAGAGUCUUUUUUGGCAUUGCGGGUGGGGAGAACUGAGCAUAGUUUCAUCCCACCAUCACAAUUCCAUGAUGCAAAAAAGGGGGUGUUACUCUGUUAUUGCAGACAUUUUAUAAAGUGUACAUUCACACACAGUAUCACACCUAUGCAACAAAGGUUUCUCUUCAUUCACAGAUGGAAAUGCUCACAGAUUGCCUGUUCAGCCCCCUCUUCCUCCAUGUUAAUUCAUGCACACAUACCUCAAAGCACAGCACAUAUACAUCCACUGACCCCAUUUAUAUACCGUACACUUCCUCUUCGGGCAUGCUUUUUUACGCUCUCGUCCUCUUGAUUCAUUACAUUCACUCCCUAGAGAAGCGAUGAAGACCAGUAUGUCCGCUCCUGCUUCUCCUUCUUCCGCUGCGUGGCUUCAGAUGUUCACCAAAAGUAGCAACAAAGGAAAUGCAAGCGACUUGCUUCCGCUCUAGUAGUUUUCAUGUGAAAGGGAGAUGCGGGCAUUGCCUGCUGCAAGGUCUGCAUUCUCCUUGGCACAGAGUGUGCGGCUCAAUGUCGCACAAGACCAAGAAAUAGCAACAGAGGACAAGUCCUUCUUUGUUUACUUGGAUAAUUUUAUUUGUUUCGAGACCACUACUUUUCUUACUGCUUCGGGCAAUGAGCCGCUCACACAAAAUCACUGUGGAGCAGAGCAAGUUAAUACUCCUUGCACUUCUGUUUUGUUUUGCUCUGCUCUAGAUCAUAUGAAUUUCAGUAUUAUACCAUGUUUUAAACUAAAACAUAAACCCUAAUGGACUAAAGGGCCAUUUUUUUCAGUAUUUUAUAUAAUCUGUGUACACGUGUUCUCAUGUUUUAAUGGCCUUUUCAGACCUAUAUACAUUUUAUUAACCUCAAUGUUUUUCAAGUUUCUUACCAAAAUGCAAUAUUUUACUCAGCAUAUGUAGCCUUUUAGAUAGGGACGUUCUAUGAAGGGCAGGAAGGAGACAGUUCUGUCCAAUGAGAAUUGUGGGUGUGGCACAGUAGUAUAUUAUGACUUAUGCAAGAGCAAUGACAAACAUCUUCCAACUUUUGUUACUAAUAGCUAGGUACUUAUUGAUGUAUUGUGCUGUAUUGUUUAUUUUAAUAUUCAUCUUUGUAAUAUAAUAUAAAAUGUACGAUAUCGUUUGUAUUUUAGAAUCUGUAAAUAAAUGUCUUCUCUAUGAUACUUCA